GCUCUUUUCCAAUGGAAUGAAUGGACUGUAAAUAGGAGCCAAUCAGGAGCAGGGGGCGGGUAUAAAAGGCAGAGAGCCGCUUUAAUCCGCAGCAGCAGCAGCAGCAGAGCAGACCAUCAGACGACCCACAGCAGACUCUACUAACAGGUUGCAGCCGGACGUCAUCAUGCCUUUCGGAAACACCCACAACAAGCUGAAGAUGAACUACUCGGCGGAGCAGGAGUACCCCGACCUCAGCAAGCACAACAACCACAUGGCCAAGGUGCUCACGCCUGAAAUCUACGAAAACCUGAGAGACAAGGAGACGCCCAGCGGCUUCACCCUGGAUGACCUCAUCCAGACCGGCGUCGACAACCCAGGUCACCCGUUCAUCAUGACGGUGGGCUGCGUUGCCGGAGACGAAGAGUCUUACGAGGUAUUCAAAGAGCUGCUGGACCCGGUGAUCGAAGACCGCCACGGAGGAUACAAACCAUCAGACAAACACAAGACGGACCUGAACCCCGAAAACCUGCAGGGCGGAGAUGAUCUGGAUCCAAACUACGUCCUGAGUUCUCGGGUUAGGACCGGACGGAGCGUCCGCGGCUUCUGCCUGCCGCCACACUGCAGCCGCGGGGAACGCCGCGCCAUCGAAAACCUCUCCAUCGAAAGUCUGGACCUGCUGGACGACUUGAAGGGGAAGUACUUCGCUCUGAAGAACAUGACGGAGGAGGAGCAGCAGCAGCUGAUCGAUGACCACUUCCUGUUCGAUAAGCCCGUCUCCCCGCUGCUGCUGGCGUCCGGCAUGGCCCGUGAUUGGCCCGACGGCCGCGGCAUCUGGCACAACGACAACAAGACCUUCCUGGUGUGGGUGAACGAGGAGGAUCACCUGCGUGUCAUCAGCAUGCAGAAAGGAGGAAACAUGAAGGAGGUGUUCAACCGCUUCUGCACCGGCCUCACCAAGAUCGAGGGUCUGUUUAAGGAGCGAGGUCAUGAGUUCAUGUGGAACGAACACCUGGGCUACGUCCUCACCUGUCCGUCCAACCUGGGGACAGGACUCAGAGCUGGAGUCCACGUCAAGCUGCCCAACCUCAGCAAGCACGAGAAGUUCGGAGAGGUCCUGAAGAGGCUGAGGCUGCAGAAGAGAGGCACAGGUGGCGUGGACACGGCGGCGGUGGGCGGAGUCUUUGACAUCUCCAACGCUGACCGUCUGGGCUUCUCCGAGGUGGAGCUGGUCCAGAUGGUGGUGGACGGGGUCAACCUGCUGGUCGCCAUGGAGAAGCGUCUGGAGGGAGGAGACAGCAUCGAUGACCUCAUGCCCGAGCAGAAGUGAUGAGUCAUCACUGUGACCUCUGGACUCCCCCUCACACCCACCCCCCCUCCCUCACUGUAACCAAUCAGAAACCGUCGACGUUUAGAGCCGCCCAGUUAGACACGUGGAGGGUUUUCUAUUUACUGUCUGCACCUGUUGGACGCGUCUAACACCUGAAACACCUGAAAUACCCAUUAAUAAAGAGUCUGUAUGGUCCUGACUAAA